AUGUCCGUCGUGGACGAAGCGCUGCCGGACAUGAGCGCGCUCAACCCCGUCAUGCCCGACGAACCGCCGGCCAUGGCCAUGAAUCCCCUGGACUCGUCCGAUCCGAGCGGGUCCGGCCAGGCCGUGGAGCCGCCGAAUCGACUAUGGCUUCGGCCACCGCCCCGGACGCCAUCUCACAGCUGUCUCAGAGUCAAAGCGACUCUGACCCGAGUGCAGUGCCGUGGCGCCAGUGCCAGUGCCGGGGCGGGGAGUGCGCGGCGGGGGCCGGGGAGUACGGCGGCCAAUGGCGGAGGCCCCAAGACGGGCUACAAGACGGUGUUGUGUCAGUUCUACUUGCAAGGCACCUGUGAGAAGGCCGAUCAAUGUUUGUACGCCCAUGGAACGAGUCAAUUGCGGAAUAGCGCGGGUCUGGAAAUCAAGGAUGUCCAAUCCAGCAAGACCAAGACAAUAGUGUGCGCCAAGUUCUUGCAGUACGGCUCGUGUCCGUUCGGCCCGCAGUGUUCAUACGCCCACGGCGUCAAUGAUUUGCAGAAAAGUGUUGAAAGCCGCCCCAACCAGGGCAACGCCCAAUCUCACGCUUAUUUCAAGACCGAGCUUUGCAAGAUGUUUAUGUCGGGCAUGUAUUGUUCGUAUGAAAACGAAUGUCAAUUCGCCCACGGCAAGCACGAGCUCCGACCCAAGCCCAAAAUCGACCCCAAGUCCAUCAAACCCGAGGAGCGUCUCAAGAUGGCCGAGAAGAACAAACGCAGUCCAUUCUACAAGACCCGGCCUUGCGAAGGUUUCCGGCAGAACGGCAAAUGCGACUUUGACGACAUCUGCAACUUUGCCCACGGCGAGGCUGAACUCCGCCCUAUGCCCAACAUGAACGAAACCGGAUUCCCUAGUCCAGCUGAGAAAACGCGCUCUCCAAAGCCCAACCUACAAGACAGCAUGUGCAAAAAUGUACCCCAUUGCCAAUUUGGCGACAGUUGCAAGUUUGCCCAUUCACCGAUGGAAAUGAUGAGAGCCCAAGGUCCGCCCGGCGGAAUGGGCGGACCCGUGCCGCCGGUCCACAUGGGCGGCGCACCGCGGAAUGGCGAUUUCUUCAAAGUGUCCAUGUGCAAGAAUAUGGAGCAGGGCGAAUGUCAAUUUGGGCCCACCUGCCGUUAUGCCCAUCAUCCGAGUGAGCUCCGACCCAACCCCAUUGUGAGCGGGGCGACGAGUGCAAAUACGCUCACGACCGAAGCGAGCUUCAAUCAGAAUUCGGUCCGUAUGGCGGAGGUGGGGAGGGCCACCCCCUCACAUGGGUAUGCCGCGUCCCCCCGGACCUCCGGUCGACCCAGCCACACGUCGAACUACAAAACAGUCAUGUGUCGGGAGAAAUCGAGCACGGGCGUCUGCCCACGUGGAACCUCCUGCCACUUUGCUCACUCUCCCAUGGAGCUUCGACGACCUUUGGACGCCGCCGCCGUUUCAGGCCACCCCGCGGCCGGGAGCAUGCCGCCGUACGGAGUUGGACCUCGACCCGGACCGCCGCGUCCGGGCCCUUUUCCGCCGCAUUCGAACCCCCGAUACAAGACAAGUUUGUGUCAAAACUUCAUGGCUACGGGCAAUUGCGAGCGUCAAGGAGGGUGCAUAUUCGCCCACGGACCGGCCGAUCUCAGACCGGCCCAACCUCGAGGGGUUGGACCACCAUCGGGCGCUAUGGGCCUCGUCCAGUGGGUCCCCCAGGGCCCAGGAAUCCGACCUCCAUCACAAUACCCCGCAUAUUAGCCCAUGGGGUGCGCAACCGAUACAAAACGGCAAUGUGUAAGUUCAUACCCAAUUGUCAAAACGGGGCAAAUUGCGUCUACGCCCACUCCCCUGAGGAACUGAGUCGACCAACAGGGGCAAGUGUCCCUUACGGAGCGGCCGGGGCGGAUGGGUUCAACGGAGGCGGCCCCACGCUUAAACGCGAGCCAUCGGAGGAGACCGCACCAAAACCGCGCUGUGCACCAAUUUCGCUAGGGACAACUUUUGCAAAAUUCGGCAUCCAAUGCUCCUUCGCUCACGGGGUUCACGAGCUACAAGACCAUUGGAAACAAACGCCAACGGGUCAUGUAACUAAUUAAUUAAGAAUGUAUCAGAUCCUGCAGGGCGGAGAGGGGUCACCCGAGCCCGCGCAUUCGUAGACAGGAUAAACAACUCAAAUGUGUAUGGGGUCACCGUUUUGGAAAUAUAAAUAAAUUUCCAUGGAAUUGUUUUCGAAUA